CUCACACACAGAACAGCUUCUCACCACAGCAGGAAGUUUACUCUCCUAUUUGGUUGUGGGAGCACAAUUCUGACAAUAAUUUCAAAAACAUCGACGGAGCGAAGUUUCUCCAGAAUUCCUUUUAAAUUGAAAUUGUUUUCCAUGGGGAGAAUGUACCGAAUUUGGAUCAUCCUUUAUGCACUGCUCGAUGGUGCAAAAGGCUUUGUUAUCAAGAAUGCUCACCAUAGGCUGUGCUUGCAAGCUGUCUCUGAGUACGACAGCCUAGUAUUAGUGGAAUGCGAUUUGAACUCCAGCUUUCAGCAAUGGUUUUGGAGAGACAGCCUCCUCUUAGUCAGCAUGGCUACAGGGAAGUGUCUCUCAGCCCCCAAGGCAGAUUCUGUGCAGACCGCUGCCUGUGAAAAUGAAGCUCACCUCCAGUGGGACUGCCACAACAUGAGACUUAUCUCCAAGGCAAAUUCAUACUAUCUGACAGCCAACGAGAGCAAGGUUGCCAUCCUCUCCAGCAAGAGGAGCAGUAAUUCAAAGUGGAGGGGUUCCACUGGGGGCGUUGACAUCUGCAAGGAGAGACUGGAACCACACAGAGCAACAAGAAAAGCAGAUGGUUCUAAAACGGCUCAGCCAGACCCAGCUUCACAUGCUGGUGAAACGCAGACAGAGGGAAUGACUGACGCGCAAAGGGAAAAGUUACUGUGGUUCUACCGUACUGAGGACCCGUCUCCAUGGAAGUAUGCCAUCUUGGCUUUGUCAUUUGUGGCACUUCUGUUCGGCUUGUUUAUCUUGGGACUCAGCUCAAUGGCAAUGAAAAACAGGAAGGUUAUGGCACAAUACAAGGCAGCAUCGAAAGCAAACAACCCCCUGGAGAUGGAACGCAUGCUGGAGCAGGAGAAACAAACACAUGACCCUUUCAGUCACAAACUACCGUCAAAGACUGCUGCGUCCGACUCCCUUAAAACAGGCAACAUCACGAUCCAGUGGAAGGACGGGACCGUGUCCACACUCUUCCAAGACCAUUGCGAGGAGAACGUGUAGAAGCGUGCGCUGCUGUUUGAAUUGACGUGGAGACAAAUGACGUGAAACAGAAACGAGGUUAUGGUCAAACACUGAAAGGUCAAGCAUUAUUAAAUACAAUGCAUGUUUUGUUAUAUUAUAAUAUAGAUAGGAUUUCUAUUGUACACAUGCUUUGUCAGAUACGGGUCAUUCUGGCUCAUGUGGAGCAAAGUGUGUUUUCUCCAUUUGGGUUUGAAACGUAAAACACAUAUGUUUUAAGACAAUUGUUCCAAAGUAGGUAAUGACCUUAUUAUAAUUUGAAAGUAUAUUUUAAUGUUUUCCCAACAAAAAUAUGGUUGAUUGUCACACAUUGGUCCACUUGAUCUGGAAUAACCUGUAUGCCAUUUGUUAAAUUUACUUUCAGACCUCUUCAUAAUCACAAAUAUAGGCUGUGAUGAACGUCUGUAGAACAAGGCAGGCGUGCAGCUCAACCCAGAUUCCUUUCAGUUCAUCCACCUGCAGGCUGGAAUUUGUCAGAAGAAAAACAAAACAAAUGUCUUAUUUUUAUAACUAGCUUCUAAGAAUGCCAUCAGCAAGUGAUAGCUAAAAAGCAUUGCAUUGAUGCUGGGCAUGCAUGCUAAUGCUGUAUUGUUUAUUUAUGUAAUGUUUAAACCCUAACUGCCUGUCAACGUUUGGUUUUUAGAAGUGAUUUAAAAAUAAUCCACCAAAAUAUUUGAAAUAAUUUUUACAUGUAGAGAUCCCUCCAUAAAGAACUUAAUACUAGCUAAUACGAAGCUAUUGUUUUAUGCAAUUACCUGUGGAACACACUACCACCUGUCUUAAGUGAACACAAAGCUUUAGUUCCCUUUGAUGACAGCUGGUUAAUUCAGGUGUCACUGUGCAAAUAAAUCACUUGUCAGCUUCUGAAUGAUCUCAACAAAGCCAUUCAUUUGAAAAAUAUUAAUGCAACUAUUUGGGGAUAAUGUCUGCAGCAUUUUUUGUACAGUACUGGUACAACAGGAAAGAUAAAAGGCUCCAUUGCAUGCUUAUUUUGCUUAUAAAUAAUUUUUGAACUGCGAUCUU